AGGCACCUCCCAUGUCAAACCUAUGCGUCAAGCUAUAAACACUUUAUCGGGAGUACUCUCCGUAGCGUGCGCCAGGAAACAAUUCGUAUUUUGAGGCAACUAUCUUAUCGAUUCCCGAGUUUCCGGCCGAGUGCAAAAUAAUCGGCGUUUCGCUGACAACGAGUUGAUAGCACACUCGAAGCCGGCGAAGGAGAACGUGCCGGAGUCGUUUACUGCGAAUGCCGUUCUUACUACAGGUGGACAACGCAGCGAGUCUGAAGAUAUACGUUCGCAACCGUGGUACGUAGUUUUGGUGUCACCGAGCCGCCAACGUAUACACUAGUGACGCUCCGUCGUGACGUGUAUGUUCCCCUACUGUAGAGUCGACAACAAAUUAUUCAUCGAAUUGCUGACGCAAGGCAACAUCGGUUCCAGAUAAGGACAUCUCACCAAGCCGAGGUUUAUGGAAAAACGUAUCCACGACGACUUCAGGCUAAAAAUUUCUAACUCAUAACCGCAGUUCCUUCAAACGUUCCUUCAGCAUUCUCUCGCUGCCUUAAUUGGCGCACACACUUCACAAUCCUCACCGCCGAAGUACAAAAUAAAAGCUCUGAAUCAAGGUUUCUAACAUGGCGGACGGAGUCACGAAUGAAGCUGAAGCCCAGGAUACCGAAGUUAUGGACCUUUUCAGGAAAGGGCUUGAGCAGCACAUACGCCACGACGACCCGAACAAAGACCCUGCGGGCUUGAACAGUGGAAGUACGCAACGAGGUGCCGAGCUCACGUUCACCGACAACCUUUCUGAGAAGGACGCUGCCGUGCUCCGGCGAAUGCUGAGAACGGGACCACCUGUGAGACAGCUGACUCUGUGGCAAAUCUCGCUGGCCGCUUUCAGGGUUGCCUUCCAAAACCUCGAGGAAUGCCCCUCGCUGAAAGAAGUCCUCUUUCUUCUCAUCGACUGCGAAGGCAAGGACUUGGGCAUCAGCGACUCCGGGGUGUUUGGAAGCCUGCAUUCCUUAGACCUGCGCUGCGACAACCCAGGGAGCGGAUUCGCGAAGGACAUUGCAGAUUACAUCCGUCACAACAAGUCGUUGAGGGAAAUGAGCCUCUGGAACUCCUGCGGUGGUGACGAAGGCGCCGCGGCUCUCAUCGAAGCGCUGGCGGCAAACGACACCCUCAAGAAGUUCACCCUGUCCUCUAUGGAGUUGUCUUCCGACACGUUGCUCGGUUUCGCGAGGAUGCUGACGUCCAACUCGACGCUAGAGGUGGUGGACCUCUUCGACGUGUGUCCCGCACCAAAGGACAAGUUGUCGUCCUUGUUAGAGCAGGAACUUUGCGCGGGCGUCUUCAAGAGGCUGAAGAUACUGUGGCCCCAGGAGCUCCUGCCGGAGCUCACCGCACUUCUGCGCAAGGAAGCGUGUUAUACGGACCUAUCCGUCAGCGUCACCUCCACUGUCGAAGAAGGAGUUCUUCGGGAUUUCUUCGACGCAGUGGCCGCGGACAAGACCCUUCGCACGCUCCACUUUUAUCCCAGCGAGGACAGCUUCGACGCACUGGCGGACGGCAUUGCGUCCGUAGUGAAGCGUACGACAACGCUUCGAGAAAUCUGCAACCUCAUGCAUGUGAAGCAGGGCAAAGAGCAUCAACUCGUCGCCAUUCUCGAAGCCUUGAAAGAGAACAGCUCUGUUACGACGUUCACGAUGUACGCCGAGCUGCUAAGUACCGAUAUAGUAAAGUCCCUAUCAGAGUUGCUGGCUGUGAACAGCACGCUGAAGGACGUUGCCGUCUGCGAGUACUGGGGAAUCUUGCCCGAACAGGUGGAGACCAUUCUGCAGGGUCUAAGGAAGAACUACACCCUGACGGGCCUCAUGGUUUCCUGGGACCCCGAUGACUCCGAUGGAAUCACCGAGAUGGAAGAGCUUUUGAAGAGGAACAAGGCUGCGGAGUGCGCGAGUUUGGGAUCUGGUGACGUCAAAGACGAGAAAGCCGCGGAUUGAAUGCUGACUUUACUUUUCCCAAAACAAAAUACGAGAAAGGACCAAUCACUAAAAUCUACAGUGGUGUAACCAGAGUGCGUCUGAGGUGCGACUGUUGGUUAAUGGGUGGCAGAGCAGCAAAAGUCAGUCUACAAUUGAAGGAAUUAAUAUGAUGCGUAUGUAUACGAGACUGCUCUCAAAUAAACAACAAUUGAAAGAAUGA